AUGGCGCACACGCCAUCGGAGCCGUUCACGCUUACUGGCGGCUGCUUCUGCAAAGCCAUCCGUUACAAAAUCACAGCCCCAGCUCGUGGCGACCGCCCCGGCCUUUCUGGCGUAGCAGACACCCGCGUCCCGCCUCUGCCUGGCAAGCCCAUCAGUCCGCUCGUCAAGCAAAGCGAUCAGCCCCGCAUCCCGACAAAGCUCCCAGUCAUCGACUUUGAUCACUGCGCCGACUGCCGCCAUGCCUCCGGGAGCGUUGCCCAAUGCUGGUUCAUAUGCCCACCGGAGUGGGUGGAGUGGACUCUGCGUUGCCGGCAAGGGUUCGGUAAGGAUGAGGAGGGCGGAACGGAAGUCCGUCUGACAACACUGGAGGCCUGUGUGUCUAGUACAGUCGAGGCGAGUACUACGGAAUCUACCAUCCCGGCGACGACGUACAUGGCUCAUUAUAAGUCCUCGUCGCGCGUCACGCGAACCUUUUGCGUGCAGUGCGGGACAAAUUUGACCUACCACUAUGCUCGGGACCCGUCGUCGUCGUCAUCCUUACCGCAAUUUCCAGCGCUUAUCGAUAUAACCACCGGAAGUCUAGAUGAUGGAAGUCUGGUACGGGUCCAUAUCGACCGACAAACGUGGUGGGAUUCGGGGGUUGGGUGGGUGAAGCGGAUUAUGAGAUGGGGAGAUGGCGAUCUAAUGAAGCAUCCGAAAGGGAUAACGACGCAAGAGAUAGUGUUUGAGUAA